UUUGUACAAUGUUAGGGACAGUCGUGCAAUUACACAACUCAUUCUCUAGUGAACAGGAAGUGUUUUUCCUUCAAGCACGGUGGACGAGACAGAUAGGGAUAACAACUAGAUAUGGGUCGUUCAAAGCAGAUUGGGAAUCACAAAAAUGAUAAAAGGAAAAAUAUUGCUAAAAGCUGGAAAACCAAAAGGAGAACCAAGGAUUUGGAUCAAAUACACACAGAUAUGCUUCCUGGGAACUCUGGUCUUUUAUUAAAGCAGGAAAUUGAUUAUGAUGUUACUGGAAAUGCUCAGCACUAUUGUCUACAUUGCGCGAGAUAUUUUGUGGAUCUGAAGACCUUAAAGGAGCAUUUUAAAACUAAAGUCCACAAAAAAAGGCUGAGGCAACUGAAAGACGAGCCGUAUACUCAGGAGGAAGCAGAAAGAGCAGCGGGCAUGGGCUCAUACAAACCACACAAACAAAUUCAUGUCCAAACACAGGAGGUAGCAAUGGAAUGAUUACUCUCUUCAUACCUUUCUUUAAAAUUUUAUAGAUCCAGUGGACACUGAUGUCUUAAAGAGAAUGACUUGCCUUCCGUCUGCUGGUCAGAAAACAUCCAGUUGUGGAACUUUCAGUUGCUAACAGUGAUGACUUUUGAUAUGUGCAUAUUUCAUGUCUAGCCAGGACACUUUGUUGCCCUGCAGAAAGGCGCAGCUAGUAAAUAUUUCCCAUUAAAUCUGUGUUCAUGGUAACAAAUUGUACGUUCUGUCUGUGUCCUGAGACAAGCAUGUAGCAAAGGCAAUCAAAAGUCCUUCUAAAUACUUUUUGCUAGGUCAGUGACUCAAAAGUCUCAAUUCACAAGUGACAUAAGGCUUUAUAUUUGAAAAAAAAAAUAUAUAUAUAAUUAGAAAUCUCAAUGUGCUCAGUUUAAAUGGCCGACAAUUUUUUUUUUUUUAACUGAGCACAUUGAGAUUUCAAAAUUGCAGUCACAUGACUAAAAUAAAAAUCUUGUCCUGCGUCUAAAGUAUUAAAGCCAAGCCAUUUGAAUUUUUUUUCAGCCUUAAUAAUGCCCUUGGUAAGUUUAUUACUUAAAGUAAAAUUUGCGUGAAUCACUCCCCAAAAUUGAUAAUGAUAAUUUGUGAUAUCUGUAAAGAGUCUGCCAAAUUGUUGUACUAGACAGUACAUUAUGUAAGGAAUAGAACUGUCAUAACUGUAAAUAAAUGACAAGUAAACCCAUAUUCAAA